GAAUCUGUGAAUAUUUUUAUUUUCCUCUUCUUUGUACUUCAGUGUAGAUUUUCUAGGAUGAGAGUACUCAUAUUUGUGAUUGUUCUGGGAUAUGCCUACGCUUGUGGGAAAACACCCAGCUUUUAUCAAUCUAGAAAAGUGAAAACACCUGGAGAUAAUGGUUACGAAAUCAAAAUCAAUGAGAAUCCCCAGAAAUAUGUUCCUGGAAAUAUUUAUACAAUGUACCUCACGGCUCCUAGAAUCCCCCGUAGCAACAGGCUACGAAGAUUCACCAGAUUCACGGUAAACGUGGAAUCGACAAGCAAGCAAACGGACUCGCCGCAGAAUGUAGGCAACUUUCAGCUCUACGGAGACGAUAUCGCAAGUUUCAAUGAGGAAUGCAUCAACACCAUAUCAGAAACGAAUACUGAUCCAAAGAGCGAGGUAUUCUUCAUGUGGUCAGCACCACCUCCUGGAUCGGGAUGUGUCUCAUUCAAAGCUAUGAUAUUUGAAGACUCAGAUCACUGGUACUCUGAAGACGGAAAAUUAACAAAAACGCUGUGUGAACAGAAAGAAGAUGAUGUUCAAUUUGAUAAUGAAAAGGAUUGCUGUGCCUGCGACGAAGCUAAGUAUAAUAUUAUUUUCGAAGGCAUAUGGUCGAACAAGACGCACCCCAAAGAUUUUCCAUUUUCCUUAUGGUUGACCCACUUUUCCGACGUCAUCGGAGCCUCUCACGAAAAAAACUUCAGCUUCUGGGGUGAAGGACAACUGGCCUCAGAAGGUUUCAGGAGUCUGGCUGAAUGGGGAUCAGUUAGACUGAUGGAGACCGAGCUCAGAGCAAAAAGUCAAUUCUUGAGGACUAUCAUAAAGGCAUCAGGAUUGUGGUAUCCACACGUCAACACCAACACCACCACGAGUUUCAAGGUGGACAUACGCCAUCACCUUAUUUCUUUGGCGUCCAUGUUUGGUCCAUCUCCAGAUUGGGUGGUAGGAAUAAAUGGACUGAAUCUCUGUCUCAAGAACUGCACGUGGAUGGAAAAGUUAACUUUAGAUCUAUUUCCUUACGAUGCCGGUACAGAUAGUGGAAUCUCAUAUAUGUCUCCCAAUGCCGAAACUAGUCCUAGAGAAAGAAUGUAUCGAAUCACAACUACCUACCCAGAAGAUCCAAGGGCUCCUUUCUACGACCCCUCCAAGAAAGAAAUGCAUCCCUUGGCAAGGUUAUAUCUCACAAGGGAAAAGCUGAUACCAAAGAACUGUGACGAGAGUUUUCUGACCGCGCAGUUGGAUGUUAGCGAAAAUAAUGAAGAUACAUCAAGACCUGAGUGUGACGUCACAGAAUACACAGAUUGGAGUGAAUGUUCAGUUACCUGUGGGAAAGGUCUUCGAAUGAGAACAAGAGAAUACAAGAUGGCGGAAAAAGCUAAAAGGAACAACUGCAAUCGGCAACUGGUUUCGAAGGAAAUGUGUGUAGCAGCUGUGGCAGAAUGUGAAGUAGAUGAACACGAUUCCCAGGAAAUUGAUGCAUUGGGGGAUAACACAGGGGUAUGUGCCACUACUGACUGGAGUGGGUGGUCAACUUGUUCCGAAACUUGUGGAGCUGGUACACGAAUGAGGACCCGUAAAUUUGUGGACCGAAAAGGAAGAAAGAAGUGUCCUCACAUUUCUAUCAUGGAAAAGGAGAAAUGUAUGAACCGUGAAUGCAGAGCUGAUGAGUUGGAACUGCCCGAUCCUCUUUGUCCAACAACUCAAUGGAGUGACUGGAGUCCUUGCAGCGCUUCUUGUGGAAAAGGAAUCAAACUGAGGACCAGACUGUUAUUGGUGGAUCCAUCGUUACAGCAACAAUGUAGCAGUAGGGUAGAAAUGAUACAGCAAUUGCCAUGUGAAGAUGUGCCAACUUGUUUCAUGGAUAUGAAUGUUGCAAAAGUUGUAUGCAUGCAGGAUAGUGAUCCCGGACCUUGUCAAGGGUACUAUAACAGGUGGUGGUUCGACUCAACGAAACUGAGAUGCCUGCCAUUCAUUUUUGGAGGCUGUCGAGGAAACAGAAACAACUUUUUGACUGAAGAACAGUGCAUGGAUACUUGUCAGAUCGUUAAAGAUGCUAUAUUAGGAAGCCCAGCAAUCACAGCUCAAAUAACAAAAAUUCGACCAGUCGACUGUGAGCUAACGGAAUGGUCAGAAUGGAGUUCUUGCAGUACAAGCUGUGGUCGUGGAUACAAGGAAAGAUACAGAGUGGUGAAACGACGUGCUGAAAACGGCGGAAGAUGCCCAGGAAGUCUAUUCCAGAGAAGAGGAUGCUUCGUCAGAGCAUGCCUGUGAUUACAGAUACUUUCAUUUUGAGUUCAUUAAAUAUUUCAAUGUCAUUUGAAUAUUUUUGGCUAAUAUACAAGUUAUUAUUUGA